AUGAAUCCGCUGUCCACCGAAGAAAUGGAACGAUUCCAGAAACUGUCGAACGAGUUCGAACCAGAUAUCCAGGGCCCUCUCGUGUCUGCCAAGCAAUCGAGCAGUACAAUUGCGAUGGAAUAUGCGAAUGCUGAUCCAGCCUUUGCCACCAAGACCAGCGCACUUGCUGCGACACAUCCAUUUACACGUAUUAUGAAAGGUGACGCGGUUGCAUUUGGUUAUUUCGAGAGCCUAUUCAAUCUUCGGAAUACGCUUCAAGUUCAGCGCGAACUACUCCGGAUCAAGUCAUUAAAUGUGCUACUUGAUCAAGUCGGGCAACAAGAACAUCUGUAUGAGAUUUUUGUGGACGAAACAGAACAAGUCUUUACACAAAUAUCCGAAGCGAUCCAGAAUGGCGUCCGUGACGACUCGUUCCUGGUCGAUGCUUUUAACUCCGAAUACAAUUCAAGUGCCAUCAUCACUCAUUUCCGACUCUUAACAAGUGCAUGGAUGAAACUCAACCCUCACCGGUACCAAGCGUUUCUCUCCUUACCCCUUGACCAGUAUUGUGGAACUCGGAUAGAAACCGUCAAGACCGAAAUUGAUGAAGUCGGCCUCCAAGCCUUGGUCGAUGGAGUGAUCGAGGGAUCCGACUUCGCGGUGGAAAUUCUGUAUCUUGACCGUAGCGAAGGCGAUGUGGUCACCCCUCACCUUUUGACUCCUAACAGACCCAGUGCUGCAACUAUCCGGCUGUUAUACCGCCCGGGCCAUUAUGACCUUCUUUACCAGGCCGAACCUAUCGUGAAUAUGGAACCCGUGGUCAAUUUCCAAUACGCAAUGACAUCUAACUACUCCCCUUGGGAUCAAGGUGCCCUCUCAUUUGACGUAAACUCCAGUUUAAUGUCGAUUCCAAAUUUGAUGAUGGAUCCAUCGUUUGCUCUUAAUCCUUCGCCAAUUCCUCCCGCUCCUCCUAGUCCAUACCAGGUUUCAUCUCCCCAGGAAGUUUAUCACCCGCCUAUGCAAACCCCCCCCCCAGCUACUGUGGCAUCACCACCCCCUUCCCAGAUAUCUGCUCCGUCACCACCUCCUCCGAUGACGUCACUGCUAGGUCGCUCAUCAGAUGGACCGCAGAUUCGAUUGAAUCCACUGGUGAUGAAGCCUAACCUAAGCCACUCGUUGCCAGUCACCACUCCCUUCAAGAAUUCGCCUUACAACCAAGCCCACUUUCAAAACCAAGACUUCGAGCCGAUCCAUUGGGAGCCUAACGAAUCUCGCAAGUGA